AUGCGGUCUCAGUCGUUGGAGUCGGACAUCGUCCUUUGGAAUUCCAUCGCAAGCGCGGCCUAUGAUGGUGGCAGGUGGCUGCUCAGCUUGGCUGUGCUAGAUGCAGCCCCGCAAGUGGCGCUGCACUGGACAGCGGUCUCCUUCACCACAGCCGGUGCAGCAGCGAGGAGCUGGUUGCGGUCCAUGGAGUUCCUGCGGCGAGGGCUGGACCUUGGCAUCAGCUCUGGCGCGGUGUGCAACGCCGCGUUGAGCGCCUGCGCGGAAGGGCGGCGGUGGCAGCAGGCGCUGGCGCUGCUGGCAGCGGCGGAGCGCAGAGACGCGGAUGUGAUCGCCUUCAGUGCCUGCAUCAGCGCCUGUGCAGGAGCGCAAGAGUGGCAGCAGGCGCUGGUUGUCUUCGAACGCUGCCAGCCUGAUGAAGUUGCUUGCACCGCCUGCAUCAGCGCGUGCGCUGCUGGCUUGCAAUGGCAGUUGGCCUUCGGCCUUUUCCAGGAGAAUGCAGCGGCGCUCGCUGCAGCCCAACGCGCUCACGUGGAGCAGUUUGGCCUCCGGCGGCCUGGCCUGGCAAACAGCCCUGGGAGUUCUUGCAGCUUCUAG